ACCACAACCACAAGCAGGUCCGGUCGAGCCGAGUCGAGUCAAUCUCUCUUCUCUCUUCUCUCCUCUCCUCUCCACUCUCCGAUCCCCACGUAUGGCGGCGGCGGCGGCAUCUGCGGCGGCGGCGACGGCCGCGGAGGACGGGGCGCGGCUGCUGCGGCUGGAGGAGCAGGCGGGGCACGGCGGCGGCGGCGCGUGGGAGUACCUCUGCCUCGCCCGCAGGCUCCGCGCGCGCCGCCCGGAGCCCGUCCUCCGCCUCGGCCUCGCCCUCCUCAACGACUCCUCCGCCCGCUCCCGCCUCGCCUCAGAACAGUGGACGCUGUAUGAGCAGGUGGCAGUGGCUGCCAUGGAUUGCCAGCGUCUCGAUGUGGCAAAGGAUUGUAUUGGAGUGCUUUCCAAGCAGUUUCCUGGCAGCAUGCGGGUUGGUCGAUUGGAAGCCCUGCUGUUUGAAGCAAAGGGUGAAUGGACUGAUGCUGAAAGGGCCUAUGCGCUUAUCCUUGAAAACAAUCCGUUCGAUCAGAUUGUCCACAAGAGAAAAAUUGCUAUUGCAAAAGCACAGGGUGACAUGGCAUUAGCUGUUGAGUAUCUCAACAAGUAUUUGGAACUAUUUAUGGCAGAUCAUGAUGCUUGGAGAGAACUUGCUGAAACAUAUGUUGCCUUACAAAUGUAUAAACAAGCUGCCUUUUGUUAUGAGGAGCUAAUAUUGGCCCAACCAACCGUUCCACUUUAUCAUCUAGCUUAUGCCGAGGUUCUGUAUACAAUGGGUGGUUUGGAAAACCUUCAAACAGCUAGAAAAUAUUAUGCAUCUACAAUACAGUUGACUGGAGGCAAGAAUACAAGAGCCCUCUUUGGCGUGUGUUUGUGUAGCUCGGCAAUCAAUCAGUUGACCAAAGGGAGGAAUAAGGAAGAGGAAAGCUCAGAACUGCAGAGCUUGGCUUCAGAGGCACUAUUGAAGGAUUACAAGCAACGAGCACCGUCGAAGGAGGCACUCAUCACCAGCCUGUUGAAGAACAUGAAACUCUCCUGAUCUUGCCCUCCACUCAUCGAAGGUUUUUUAGCUUGUGGCACAAUCGCAGCUAGUCAGUGGCGCCACAAUGGCAGUUUGACAAAUCAAUUGAUAGCAGUAUAAUGCUUGUUUUUUUUUUCUCCUGAUGGCACCGAAAUUGUAAAACUUAUGUAAGAUGCUUCAAUGGGUUGUACCACACCUGUUUUGAUCAUUUAGAAAUAUAUAUUCAUCGUCGUGUUUUGAUUGCAAACUGUACUAAGACCAUCCGUUGUAAUUUCAGGAUAGAAAAUUUUGAAUAAUACCUUCGAAAGCUGUACCAUUUGUUAACUUGCCAGACCUCAUGCUGUUCCUUCAAGACUGUCAUAAACAGAAAAGACAUAAAUUACUUUAAA